AUGGCCGACCCGUCCCUCUACACAUACCCCUCACCUCUAGCCGGCUACGAGAACUUAACCCCGCUCGGAACGGAGCUAUCACCCGACGGAAAAAGUCUCGUGAACCUAGAGACUGGAGUUAAGAGCAAGAGCUAUGAGAAGUUUACUGAGCCUUUGGAUAGCGGAAUACGGGGAACGAUGCUAAUAGCAGCUAGUGAUGUGCAUAUCUAUCAUUUUCAGAAGAACAAAGAGCAGGCUAAGUUCGCUAGAGAACUAUGGGAGAGAGUCAGAAGAGAGUUCCCGGAGCUCCGCGUCUACAGAUUCUGGGAAGAACCAAUUGGGCCUCAUCCUAUUGCGAUGUUUGAAGUGAACCUCUUCACUCCCGAACAAUUUGGUGCUUUCAUACCUUGGUUGGUAAUCAACAGGGGUCCGUUGAGCGCAUUGAUUCAUCCUAAUACCGUUGAUGAAAAAGGAGAGUCAUUAGAUGAAGAAAGAGAUCAUACGCAAAGAGCGAUCUGGAUGGGAGAGCAACUUCCACUAGAUUUGAGUUUGUUCAAAAGGUUGAAGCAGAAGAAAGCUGCACAGUAG